UUUCAUGUCUUAUAAUUUUGGUUAGUUUGAAUAAAACUUUUCCAUUCUCCAAAACCAAAAAAAUAAAAAAUACAAAAAUACAAAAGGGAUAUCUAUGAAGUCCACAUACAGAUUGGAAGAAUUAAUGGCGUACACCAAUACUAGCCUCACCUAUACAACUAUACAAGCACACCCGGGAAGAAAAUAAAGAUGGCCAUUGUCAGAAAUUUUCAACUCGUUUUAAUAGUUCUGUAUCGAUUAGCAAACAAAGAAAGAAAUGAGUCGGUGCCCAAGAAAAAUUAUGGUUCGACCAAGUAAGGUCAAAGAACCCACUUCAGAUCGACCACGGAAAAGUAAAUGCAGUCCAAUCAAUAUGAACAAUUAAUAUCACAAUCUAACCAGCAGCUCCGGUAACUAGCUUCCACCUUCAUUCGUUAUAUUGUGUACGUGUGUCUAUAUAUAUAAGUGUGUGCAUACACACAUAUUUUAGUACAGAACUACAGAAGAGAGAGCAACAUAGCUUAAUAUAAGCUUAGCUUGAAGAAGAUGGGAAGGCUACUUUGGGUGGUGCAGAAGCCGGUAUAUUUUCUGGGGAGGCAAUGGAACGGUGUCGACAUAGCUAGUGUUUUCACCCUUACUGCUAUACAUCUCCUUGCUCUUCUGGCGCCAUUUUACUUCACCUGGUCUGCAUUUUGGUUGGCGGUAGCACUCUACUAUGUCACCGGUGUGGGAGUAACUCUAUCUUUCCAUAGAAAUCUCGCCCACAAAAGCUUCAAGCUUCCCAAAUGGCUCGAAUACUUCUUCGCCUAUUGUGCCGUUCAUUCACUUCAGGGAAGUCCUCUUGAAUGGGUUAGCUCGCACAGGAGUCACCACCAGUUUACGGACACCCUGAGCGAUCCUCAUACCCCUCUUAAGGGUUUCUGGUUUAGUCACAUUGGUUGGAUCUUUGAUUUUCGUAAACGUUUUGGAAGUUAUGAUGGACGGCUAUUCAAUGUUGCAGAUAUGAAAAAACAAAGCUACUAUAAGUUUCUUCACUACACGUACCCUUAUCACUGUAUUGCUUGUGGAGUUGUACUCUAUCGCAUAGGAGAGAUGCCCUAUUUAGUUUGGGCACUGGCUGUGAGAACGGUAUUUUUUCUCCAUGUAACUUUUUCAAUAAAUUCUAUUUGCCACAUAUGGGGAAACCAAGUAUGGGAUACUGGUGAUUUGUCCAAAAAUAACUGGUUAUUUGGAUUGCUAGCUCAUGGAGAAGGUUGGCACAAUAACCACCAUGCUUUUGAGUACUCAGCUCGACAAGGUUUUGAGUGGUGGCAAAUUGAUAUUACUUGGUAUCUGAUAAGGUUUCUUGAAAUUUUUGGUUUGGCAACGGAUGUUAAGCUCCCGACUGAGCUUCAGAAGAACCGAAAAGCUUUAUCAAACAAAGCCAGUAGCAUGGAGCAGGAGGGAAGGUUCGAAACAAAAGUGAAAUGAUUCAAGGGAAACCUAGCUGCUCAGAUAUAUUUUGAUAUAAGCAUAUGAGUGCAUUGUGUUAUUUAUAUUUUGUAUUAUAACAUUGCUUUUUAUUCUCUG